ACCGAACUUGCUCGUGACUCGGGGCAGAAUGUUGAGGCACGAGCCAGUCUAGAAUGCGGAGUUGUUCCGACUCCAGAAUUCAGCGAUAUUGUGGAGACCCCAGGUCCGAAGAUGCACAUAUAAUCCAUGCUCUGGCCUGUGGCAGUGGCAGCAUCUCGCUUUAACCGACAGCAUGGAUACCGGCGAUAAGCAGAAAGCCUUCUCUCAAAACAUCGAAUUCGCUGGCGAUGGAAAACAGGGCAGCGGUGGCGGCACAGUGGGAGAGAUCCUGCUUGUUUCUGGGCAGGAUGAGAUCCGCAGAGUGCCCGUUCCCACGAAUGAUCCCAACGAUCCUCUGAACUUGAGUAAAUGGCGGAAGAUCGGUGUGACAGUUACAUGUUGCUGGUUCUCCGUUUUCUCAUUGUUGGCCAUAUCCGGCACUGGACCUUUCAUGGCCACGUUAUAUGGCCUGUACGGCGCACAAGGACAUAGUCCAGAGGAGAUCACUGGUCUCAACACGUAUUCCACCAUGGUCAUGGCCUUUGGGGCCCUCGGAUUGCUGCCACUGGCUUUUGUCUUCGGCAGACGUCCCAUCUUUCUGUUCGCUGUCACUUUGGCUUUUGUCUCGAACAUCACCGCUGCGACCAGCGAGAAUUUCCGCGGACAUUUUAUCAGUCGCAUAUUCCUCGGACUCGCCACGGGAGCUACUGAGUCCCUGCUUCCCCUAAUCCUCUCCGAUAUCACGUUUUUGCACGAACGCAGCUUUUACUUCGGCUUGUACUGGAGUGUCCAGAAUUGCGUCAACUCGGGAUUAUUGAUCGCUAUAUCGUACCUGGUCGCUGAUGCAACCUGGAGGUGGUUCUACUGGCUCUUUUCUAUCACACUCGGUGUCUCGGCCCUUCUCGUCGUCUUUUGUUGCCCAGAAACCAAGUUCCAUCGAUCUCCUACUUCUCUGAAUGGCCAAGUAAUCUUCACAGACGAGUUUGGUCACACCCAAAUCCUUACUGACGAUGAGGCCAUUGCUGCGUUUGGGUCGGUUGAUGGGCCAGCUGAGGUCGUCGCGGAGAAGAAGACCUUCGCACAAGAACUGAAACCCUGGAGCCCUGUAACUCCGAACGGGACAAAGGUCUUACUGGGUGCUUACCUCAAGAUUUUCAAGAGCUUCACUUCUCCGGGAGUGAUUUUCUCUUUGAUGAUGUCUUCUAUCUCGUUAGGUGUGGGGAUCGCUAUUACGCUCGUAUACAGCACCGUCCUACAAGAGUCCUAUCAUUGGUCACCCAAGUCAGUAGGGCUUUUCAAUGCUGGAGUAAUGCCUGCCUGUUUCGCAGCCAUGUUUUAUUCCGGUUGGGCUGCUGACAAGAUCAAUGUGUGGCUAGCGCGUCGUAAUGGUGGCGUGCACAAGCCGGAGCAUCACCUGGUGCAUAUGAUCGUUCCCGGUCUCGCCGGAAUUGUUGGCAUUGUUCUUAUCGCUGUUUGCGCUGAGCGUCCAGACAAGUAUAGUGCAUGGGGUAUGGUCGUCGGCUGGGCUAUCUACGAGUUCUCUUUCACGGCCAUCAUCAUCACCACCACUACAUUUGCAGCCGAGGUCAUUCCGGAGAAUCCGGGGGCUGCCAUGGUUGUCGUGGUUGGAGGCAAGAACAUAGUCUCUUUUGGUGCUGCGCAGGGUAUCAUUCCAAUGGUGGCCAAGUUCUCCUACUUGACAAGCUUUAUGAUCUUGCUGGGGAUCUUCUCUGGCAUCUGCUUGUUGGGCGUCCCUGUUUAUUUUUUGAACUCGAGAUGGCGGAAGAUUGCCACGCGGGCUGAGAGUCAGUAGAGGAUUCCAGAGGAAGGGAGAUGUUGUUGUACACUGGCACCG